UAAGGAGUGAAAGGGGGAGAUCUGACUUGCCAGAGGUGCGAGUGACAACACAUCAACGUGUUUCCAGUAAGUACGUGUGGUUGAACUUGAGGCUCCUUCACUUCAAGGACAGAGAAACAGAGAGAGAGAGAGAGAAAGAGAGAGAGAGUGGGGUGGGAGGAUCACUCACUCUCACUAUUUACCCAUCAUCCACCAAAUCAGUCUUGAGUCUCAUUUCUGCUUGCUCAUCUCAUCUCAGAUAGAGACAGAGAUUGAAAAAGCAUAAUGACCAGAAUGCCCUCGAUGGCAUUAAUCCCCAAAUCCAAAACAAGAUGCAAGUCCUCCCUCCUCCUGAGUAGUCAUACUGGUUGCUGGGACUGGCCGCCUCCCCUUCCCCUCUGCACUGCCAACGAUAAUCUCCAUCAAUUAAAAAAAAUAAAGAAAUGGGUGAUCAUCAGACGUUCUGGUGCCACGAAUGCGACAUGAGCGUGAGCCUGGUGCCUUGUUCUGCCCAGGAGACUCUGCUCUGCCCUUACUGCUUCAGCGAUCUCUUGGAGCUCAUGGAUUCUUCGUCUUCUUCUUCUUCUUCUUUUUCUGACCAUCAGCACAACUCACAAGACAACUUCUUGCUCAACAGCCCAUUCCUCCACCGCCUCAUCCACCACCUCUCCACCCACCCCAUCAACCACGACGACCGCCUCCCUUCACCCACCGCCGCCGUCCCCCCUUCUUCUCUGCCUGCCUCCAAGGCCUCCGUCGACGCCAUCCCUACUCUCAAGAUCACCUCCUCCAUGCUCGAUCUCGACCCCCUUCUCCUCUGCGCCGUUUGUAAGGACCCAUUCCUUCACUCCGUCGACGCCAAGCAGCUCCCUUGCAAUCAUCUCUACCAUCCCCACUGCAUUCUGCCCUGGCUCUCUUCCCACAGCUCUUGCCCCCUCUGCCGUUUUCAGCUCCCCACCGACACUCACCAACCACACCUACGACACCAAAACCAAAACACCCCCUUGCCCUUCGACGACGACGACGAUCAGUACGAUUGGUUCAUGGAAUAUGGAUCCCAUGGGGGCAGUCUCCGCCUCAGCUACAUUGCUGCCAGUGGAAGGCAAAUGGCCAACCCAGGAGAAAUGGCUCCCGCUGCCUCCCCCAAUGUCAAUGCCGACUCAUCUUUCAACGGUGUUUCCCAGAUGCCCCAUCUUUAUCUUUGACAGCAAUUUCAUGCCCAAUCGAUCAUGGUUCAAACUUGUGAGCAUUAGCUUAAAUGGUUCAUCAAUGUGGAGGCCCAGGACCUGUCCUGUGACUACCGGCCAUAAUUGGCUUGUAGCAUCCCCCACUCCAUACACCUCUCAAUUCUUGCUGAGGCUGAACGUGAGUUAUAGGCUCCUGUUAGUUUGCUAGGAGGCUUGAUCAACUAAGAAGUUGGCACUUAUCCAUUGGGCAUUUAUAAAGGUCUUGCUUCAAGGGUUUACUAAAUCCAUGUUAUGGUAUAAAUUCAAACCGUAAGUGCUGGAUGGGUAAAUCUUAUUUCACUUUAAAAUAUGCCUGUCUUGUCCAUUUUUCCUCCAACGCAUCUAGCUAUUCUCUUUAAAUCCAACAAUUUCAUACCCAUCGUUAUGGUUCAUGGGUUCAUUUAUAUUGAAGUUGUACUGGGAUUAGUAUUUUCUAACCGGACAUACAGGGAUUAAUAUGAUUAUUCAAGAUAACAUAAAUUGCCUUAUGUACCAAUUUGAAGGUUCCCGCCACUACAGCCUUAAGUUGGGGCAAACUCUUCUCUUUGUUUUCUUUCAUUUUUGUAGUAGUUACUUAAGACUAAAACAUGACAAUGAAAUCAUCUUCCUGGGCAAUCUUUGGGGCCAAAGUUGCAAAUGUCUGUUCUUGCUUCGGCAUGGCCUAUGCUUAAACCAUGAUGGCCAGAGUGAAGUUCACAAUGCCAUGUCACCUGGCUAAUUCUUACCUUGUAAUCAAUUUUUAAAUGCCAAAUAUCCAAGAGCAAGGCUUUAUAGAUUUUACUAAUAUAUCUCUUUCAAUAUUUGA